UGUAUUGCGGGUUGCCUACACACGGGCAAAUCUCACGUUUUUCCGUAUUUUCAAGGCCACCGUUGACCCUGAAAAUAUUAUCUGAUCGAAAAACGAUUUUACACAGUCAAUCUGGUCUAUAGGUAGCACACUUUCCGCAUAUAGCCGAUAUCAAUAUCGAAAAAAGUGGGUAAUCGCUACCCCUUACCGAGUACCCCGUCAGCUCGUUCAGUGCUUUGUGUACCUCGACGCCAUGAAGAUGUCGCUCAACGCGGUGCCGGUGCUGCUCGCCCUGGUGCUGGUGCUCGAGUACAUCAGCGCGGAGACCAGCGCCGCCAGCAGCACGCCCAGCGCCAUCAGCAGCGCGACCAGCGCCCCCAGCAGCACGACCAGCACAGCCAGCACAACCACCGGACCGACCAACCCGACCAGCGCCGCCAGCACAACCAGCACGACCAGCGAAGCGCCCAGCGCCCGCUCGGCGACUGAGAAGUGGGAAGAGUUGGAAGGUUGCUUUGAAAAACGCCAAUGCGACAACGUCACCUGCGAGGAGUGCUCCCCGGAGGAUGGGUACUGCGCGGGGAUGUGCAGGCUGAAAUGCAGGUGUAGCUGUGGCGGCUACAAGAUCAGCACGGACCCCGACCUGUGGAUUCUGGGGUUGCGAUUGCGAAGCGAGCACGAUUGCAGAGGUCAACCAACACUAGACCAGUGUUCGAGGAGCUGCAGCGAGGAUCAGGAAUGCCAGCACGAGUGUGAGCUGAAGUAUCUCCAGUGCCUGUGCGCGCGCCUGCAGUCGGCUGCUCGUUCCAAAGACAGCGUAGCGAUCACCACAACCACAGCCACCUCAUGCAGCUUAGCCUACGUGAUAAUUAACGAGUGGCGCGACUGUUUAGCCGACUGUUUCGUCGAGUGCGACGCUGGCUCUGACGAGGAACCGGAAUGCAGGGUUAGGGGGAAACGGAAGAGACACAACUGCGCCUGCGCUUGCGCGGGCCUCCCCAGCGCCACGGACUACGACCAUCUGGAUGAGUCUGAUGAGUGCCUGAAGGAGGUGGAGAGGAACGGUGAAACAUGUAUACGGACAACCUUCGGGCCGCAAAUCGAUCCCGAGCGUUCGGACUGGUGCAGGGUGUUCGAGCACAGGCGCCAGUGCGCGUGCCUGGCGGCAGGUGCGGCGGGCAGCAGCGGCGCUGCAGAGUACAGGAUGGGCACUAAGGACAAGGAGCAGCUGUUGCGGUGCGCCGAGGCAUGGCGGGUAAGUACAAAUAUCAUGGGUCCCUAUGGUCUCCAACGAUGA